CGCAUAAAUCGGUAAUGGAAAAAUUUUCAAAAUUCACCGAGUGACGUCAGUGACAUCUAUAGCUUGAGGAAACAACAACGGAGCUUUGUUUUGGUGAAAUUUCCUCCGUAUUUCUCGAAAUUCAGGCUAAUCUGCCCAUUUUUCAAAAAGCCUUGGGGCGAGUUUUGCGGCGGCUGACGUGGCUGGGUGGUGAUGUGGGUCCGGGCCCUUUUUGUGGCGGCAGCCCUGGCAGGGGCCGCUGAGGCCUAUUUUAUCACAGUCGACGCACACAACGAAGAAUGCUUUUUCGACAAGGUCGAAGCCGGCACAAAAAUGGGUCUGAUGUUCGAAAUCGCCGAGGGCGGAUUUUUGGACAUUGACGUGAAAAUCGUCGGUCCCGACGGAAGGGUCAUCUACCAGGGUGAACGAGAGACCAGUGGCAAGUACACUUUCGCCGCCCACGUGCCUGGUGUGUACACCUACUGCUUCAGCAACCAGAUGAGCACCAUGACUCCGAAGGUUGUUCUCUUCAACAUGGACAUUGGCGAGGCGCCGAAGGAAGCGUCUGAAGACACGGAGGCCCACCACAAUAAGUUGGAUGACAUGAUUAGGGAGCUCAGUAGCACCCUGACUGGAGUGAAGCAUGAGCAGGAAUACAUGCAGGUACGAGACCGAAUCCACCGAGCCAUCAAUGAGAGCACAAAUUCAAGAGUGGUCAUGUGGAGCUUCUUCGAGGCUCUGGUUCUCGUGGCUAUGACCCUUGGUCAAGUCUUCUAUCUCAAACGCUUCUUUGAGGUUAGGAGAGUCGUCUGAAAGACUUUCUUCUCACGUUUGUAUUAUGAAAUAAAUUAAUUAUGUCUUGUUUUGAUUCAUAAAA